AUGGGUUUCACCAAGGUGCGAGGCAUUUUCGAGACGAACAAGCUUAGUCGUCAGCAUGCCCGGAGCAGUUCGCAGUACUUGGAAUCGAGUAAAAACACGUCCGAACAAUCUCGGUCGGUAACAAGAAAGCAAAGCAAUGACCUUGAACAAGAAAUCGACCAGGCGAUUCUGUACAAGCUUCCGUCAGACACUGAGAUGCUCCAAAGAGCGCGCGAAUCUCAUGCGAACAUCGACUUUGAAGCACUUGCAGCUGGUCCGGAGAAAGGUGGGCCCUGGCAACGCGUGGAAGCUACCGAAGAAUUUAUCGUGUUCAAAAGUCCAACCACUGCAGAUACCAAAGACGGCCGUCUUCCUGGUCUCGAGGUAAUGUGUGCUGGCCAACUUGAUGCUUGCGUUGAGGAGGUGGCCAGUGUUUUUCGCUCAAAUUCUGAUAUUGACCACGCAACUACUAUGGAGAGGCUUUACAAGAAGAGCUUUAUCUUCGGAUCCCUCGAUCGCGAGGUGCCAUGCGCAGAGGAAUCUCAGAACCAAGACGAUGACUCGAAUGCUAACUCUGACGAACAGCUUAAUGUGAAGACCACCAGUUUUCUACGCUCAACACUCUUCGGUCGCAACGAACAAUGGUGUUUCUUGGAUUACUUCAAACGGAUAGAGGAUCACGAUGGCUUUAGGAUAUCACAGUGCGCUUUACCACCUUUUGAGCCCACUCCCGGUCGUGUUGUACGUGAAAACGCGCGUGUUGACCAGCUACACGGACUCAACGCGUCGUACCUGGUCGAUAAAUUACCGAGUGAUACAGGUCUUCGAGUAGUCUACAACGCCUGGUUUGAAGAUCCAAUGAAGGACAUCGAGACUACCACCUCCAGUAGCGAUGCUAGUCGAUCUAGUCGCAGCUUUGGGUUAAGCGUUAUGUCGUCUCUGAGCUCCAAGAGCUUGCAGUCUCCCUCAAAUGGAAACGACCAAAGUUUAUCAAGCCAAAGCAGUGAUCGACGACGAAGUUCAGGCUUACUAGUAGCUUCAAAUUCGAGCUUUAUUGGUCUGAACGAAGCUGCAGAUGGUAAAGCCCAGCUCCGUCGACUAUUAUCGAUGGCUCACGGGAUGACAAAACUUCCUGAUCUUAUCAGCCGCCGUCGAUUUGGCAUUCAAGUACCUGCAGAUCUUGAAGUUAUUCAAGUUGAAAACACACGCUGUCCAUGCUGCACGCACAGUUUAACACCGGUAAGGAUGUCACUUUCCAUGGCAGCUUCAGCUAUCACAAAUCGGAGUCUCCGGUCGCUUAAAUCGGACACCAGACGAUGUUAUCUCUGCGGGUUUCUCGUUUGUAUGGACUGUUGGAGUGCCGAGCGCAUGGAGAGCACAGUCGGACGUGUGGCGGAAAUUGUGGUGUGCACACGUUGUCACGCGAGUAUCAAGGCUUGCGACUAUUCUGAAGUGUUCGCUCCUGGUCAGGAAGAGUGUCGGGGACCCGUUAAUGUCGUUGAGGACCACGACAAUAAAUCUCUGGCUUCUUUGCUGACCGAUCUCCUGUCCACCUCAUUGAUGAACUCAACUAGUAGUCAGGACCGGGCAGCCGUGCUGUCGGUUGUGCGUACGCUUCUCCAACAAAGUGAAAAAUCUCAAGAAGAAAGCGACGAUAGUGACAGCUUUGAUGAAGGCUUUGACAAGCUUCACAACGAUAAUGUCUCAAUAUUGGAGCUUGAUAAAUACUUAGGUGAUGACAAUCAACUACCAGAGCUCGAAUCCUGUGUGUUCGCCAACUCACAGAAGCGUGGAUACCCAAUCGAACAGCCGGAUGACCCGAAGAUUAUGGUCCCUCCAACGAUUAUCCCGCCUUAUGAGCAAGCUCGUCUUCAAUUCAUCAAAGACAAAGGGUUAAUGCUACUCGCUAACGAGCUCGCACCGGUAAAUCCUGCUCCUGAAAUAUCCUUCGAGAAUGUGUCCGAUGUUCGAGAUCUCGAUAUUCUGUGCCGCCUGGCUGUCCGUUCUUCGGGAUGUCCGAAUACGUUUUUAUCGAUCAUGGGUACUGAGCACCUUCACAUUUUGUCAUCGUCGAAUCCAGCGUUCCUCCAUGCAACGAUGCCUCGAGAACACACUGUGUGCCAACACACGAUCAUGACUCCGAAACCAUUUAUCAUUUCACAUCCAGAAGCGGACGUACGAUUUCACGAACUUGGGGCUAUUAAGGCUUUGUCUACACGUUGCUAUAUGGGCUUCCCGCUAAUUGUACUAAUGAUUGAUGACAACACGGGCACAGAGACGGAAAUGCCCGUGGGAACGCUGUGCUGUGUUACUCCACAUGCACGCUCCGAACUCUCGCGUUCGCAGUAUGUUACUUUACGACGGAUAGCCGACACAGCUUCCCGGUUAAUUCAACUGAAGAGCCGGCUGCUUCAAGAACAGCAGAGCGCGAUGCUUGAUAAUCCUCAAAUAUGA